AUGGGCGUAACCAUGAGGGCUCCGUGCGAGAGGUCGGGGGAGAAGGAAGAGCAGGAGGAAGAGGUGGCAGCGGCCUCUGGGCGUCUUGCUGGGCCUCCAGAAACCGAGGAGGGUUCGGUCGUUGAUUCAGACUCCGACCAGGAGAUGGAAGGCAUCCGUGGGCCUGGAGAACUGACCAAGGACACCCUCUACCUGAGAUCUUGCCAGGCCCAUAGUGUUGUUCCGGCCUCCUGUUUCCUGCGCCAGGGGAGCACCCCAGAGCUGAACCUGCGGCACCGUGGCCUGGGGCCCCAGGGUGCCCGGGCUCUGGCUUCAGCAUUGACCUCCAAUCCCUAUGUCAAGCGGCUGGACCUUCGAGACAGUGGGCUCUGUGGGGCCGGCGUGGAGGCCCUGGCAGGUGCCCUGAGCAAAGCCAGCAUUAUCUCUGAUGUGGACCUGUCGGAGAACCAGAUGGGAGUGGUGGGAGCCCAGGCGAUCUGUGCUGCUCUCACAGUGAACCCAACCAUGCAGAAGGUACAACUGGCAGGGAACGGCCUGGAGGAGCACGCAGCCCAGUACCUUGCUGAACUCCUGCUGGCUCACACAGGACUGAAAUCCCUGGAUCUGAGCUAUAACCAGCUGAAUGACCAUGCAGGGGAGAUCCUUGGACCAGCCCUGGCAGAAAAUACAGGACUCACUGAGCUUAAUAUAAGCUGGAAUCACCUUCGAGGACCAGGAGCUGUAGCCUUUGCUAGGGGACUGGAGGCAAACAUCUUCCUCAGAGUCCUGGACAUCUCAUACAAUGGCUUUGGUGAUCCUGGAGCGUCCGCGGUGGGUGAGGCACUUAAGACCAACAACGUGUUGGAGGAACUCAACAUGAGCAACAACCGCAUCUCUGCAGUGGGAGCCUUGAGCCUGGGCCUGGGCCUCCGGGUCAAUCAGACACUGAGGAUUCUUGUUAUGUCCAGGAAUCCCAUGCGAGGCGAAGGCUGCUUUGGAGUUCUAAAGUCUGUCCGGGAGAAUCCAACGUCCGCCCUAGAACUCCUGGAUUUCUCUGAGAUCCAAGUGGACAGAGAGUUUGAUGACCUCGCCAGCUCAGUGAAGGUACUGCUUCCAGCACUCCAUGUAAAGACUGCUGCCCACAGAGUGAAAUACAAAAAGGAGUUACCAUCAGUCUUCACCCCGUCCCUACCAGCGUCUGUCCCUAAGUGACUGUGGUAGGUGGCUUCCUCAUCUCACAUUGGCCACUUCAACGUCGAGGGUUCUUGGACUCACAGUGCCUUAUUACCACUCGAGUCUGCAGUGAGUCCCCAUGUCAACCAGGCAGUAGUCCUGUUGAGCCCAUCUUGAUGAAAUUUUGGACACCUGUACCCUCCUCUCCAUCCCAUGGCCUCUGUUAACACAGAGACUGGGUCUUCCUUCGUUCCUGCUAAUUUGUGUAACUUGUACUGUGUGCUACAUAUUGAGCUGGGUAUGGGGUCAGAGAUGUCCAAAGUCUCUGCUCUGGUGACUUCAAGAGACAAUCAAAGUACAAACUCAACUUGCCAGAAUGCAAACUGACCCAACUUUUCUGGCAGGAGAUUUAUCAUCAUGCACACGGGGCUUAAAAUCAC